AUGCUGGUUCUGCGCUGCUCCAUGGUGCACCUGUUAUCUGCAGUUUGUCUUGGUAUAUGCUCCGUCAAUGCUGCAUCGAUUUUGGCAAGUUCCGCAUCUGUCAAGCGUUCAGUGCACGAACUUCGGACUUCGUAUGACUAUGUCAUUAUCGGUGGAGGCACGUCAGGGCUAGUGGUUGCGAACCGAUUAACAGAAGACCCAUCCGUGAACGUUCUCGUUGUCGAGUAUGGCUACUUUGGCGACGAUCCCUGCAUCUGGAUGCCAACUUCCCCAGUCGCGCGAAUAACAGGACCGUCAUGCACGAGGCACCGGUUCGUUGAGCCCACUGUACCCCAGCCAGGCAUCAACAAUGCAUCGACAGUGUAUAUGCUUGGAGCUGUCGUAGGUGGAAGCUCUGCGAUUAACGGGAUGGUAUUCGAUCGCGGCACAAAGGCCGAUUACGAUUCCUGGGAAGAAUUGGGGAAUCCAGGAUGGGGCUGGGAUGGGUUGUUUGAGUAUUUCAAAAAGAGUGCGACGUGGACGCCACCGAGCAGAGAGGCUGUUGAGAAAUAUGGUUACACCUGGGACGAGGCAGCCUACGGUGGCGGGCCGAUACAAGCCACGCUCAGCAAUUUCCAGUGGCCAAAUUUCAAGUUCAUGUGGGACGCGUGGGACGAUCUCAAUAUCACUGGUCCCAAGGACCAUGCCCUCGGUCAGGCAGUCGGUCUAUUCUGGCUCCCUGCAUCGCAGCAUUCCAAGAACCAGACCAGGUCAUAUGCGAGGUACGGAUACUACGACCCUGUCCGGGAGAGGCCCAACUAUCAUCUCUUUAUCGGCCACAAGGCUGAAAAGAUUCUGCUGUCAUCGAGGAGCGCAGUCGAAGGCGUUGUGAUAUACGAUCGAGACAAGCCUGACGAGAAAUCCGUUGUCAAAGCAAAGAGGGAGACCAUUCUGGCAGCCGGAGGAGCCCACACGCCUCAGCUUCUGCAGUUAAGUGGGAUAGGCCCAAAAGCCAUUUUGGAGGCAGCAGGAAUCCAAACCAGAGUCGACCUCCCCGGCGUUGGCGAGAAUUUUCAGGAUCAUCCGCAAGCUAAGUUGAUUUGCAACUACACAAAUGACUUCUGGCCGAAUCAAGGGACACUGGAAACCAACCAGACCUUUCAAGCCGAAGCCCUCGCCCAAUACAACACCAACAAAACGGGACCUCUGACGCUCUCCAUGUCCAAUGCUGUCGUCUUCCUGCCUCUGAACGGAACGCACUCCUCCCCGGAAUCCUUCCUCGCCAAACUCGCAGCGCAGGAACCAGGGGCAUACCUGCCUCCAAGCCUUCCCUCGACUGUUGUGGCAGGCUAUGCAGCCCAGAAGAAAGUCCUCGCCUCCCUCUACGCCAGGAAUGAUGCUGCCAUCUACGAGUCCCCGUUCAAUGGCGCCUGUUCUCGCACCGUCAUUCUCCAGAAACCGCUGUCUAGAGGGAAUAUCCACAUCAACGGGAGCAAUCCUUAUGGCCCCCCUAUAAUCGAUUUCCGCGUGUACAGCAAUCCCCUGGAUGUGGAGUACGCCAUCGAAGGCGUCAAGUUCACGCGCAAAUUACUUAAAACAGCGUCGCUGGCUCCUCUGCAGCCAGUGGAGCUGGGUCCGGGGCCAAACGUCACUGAUACGGCAGGAUUGGAAGCACACGUGCGUGCCACAUCUGGUCCAACGAGUUUUCAUGUAUCGGGCACGGCUGCCAUGCUGCCCAGGGAGUUGGGAGGCGUCGUGGCACCAGAUCUCAGGGUGUAUGGGACGAAGGGACUCAGUGUUGUGGACGCAAGUAUCAUGCCGCUGAUUCCGAGUGCACAUUUGAGUGCGACGGUUUACGCGGUUGCGGAGAAGGCGUCGGAUAUCAUUAAGAAGAGAGCUAAACGAAGUUAG